AUGGCGGCUCCACAUGAGCUGGUGCUACAGGGCUAUCUGCACAAACAAUCUGAUAUUACAUACUCAACCAAGUCCGGCCGAAAGCCACGGCUGCUGCUAACACUAGGAGACGUUCAAGUGAUUGACGACCAAAACCAAGUGCGACAUCCGGGCAACUUUGUGUUCGUGCUACAGACCCCGACCAGGAAGCUCUUCUUGAGUGCGACGACGGAGCAGGAGCGGCGCAGAUGGGUGGGUGAACUCCGUGUAUUGCUUCCUGGAAGCUACGAUGAUCUGCAUCACCUCAAGAAGCUUCAAAAACGCGCGUCUAAGGAGCGACGUAUGGAGCGAAAACGACAGCAGCUUCCAAAGCUGAAACGGACGUACACUGAGGUGUGGCUGGAUGAAGUAUUUUCUCAUCCGAGUGGAAGCACGCGUGGUGAUGUACCUCUAUUGGAUGCACUGUGCUUUGCGGGUAUCCCAAAGGAGCUACGUGGCCGGGCAUGGGCAUGGAUACUUGGAAAUACGCUUCAAGUAAACGAAGAUUUGUUUCAAAUCUGCAAAGCUCGAGCCCAGGCUGUACUGAUGGAGAUGUCGUUGAAGCGGGAUGUAGAUCACUCAGCGUCACCAUCAAGAAGUGUUUCGAAUGUAAGCAAGAUCAGCGAUCGUAAAAGAGCAAGUCAGUCGUCCGCAGUUCUGCCAUCGCAAAACAUGUUACAGGAUGCCGUUGGCAUCGCGGAGAUGCUUGUCGCCCACGGAGAGCGUAGCAUAAAGCUCGUCAAUGUCGACAUGCCACGAACUUUUGGUCACCACCCACUGUUUCAACCUGGUGGUGAGGGUACUGAGCGCACGACGAAGGUGUUAGAAGCGUACAUUUGCUACCGACCGGACCUGGGGUAUGUGCAAGGAAUGAGCUACUUAGCAGCCACGCUGUGCUUUCACAUGGACAGCUUCACAGCUUUUAAGGCUUUGGCCGCCUUGAUGAGCUCAAGCCUGCUUUUUGACAUGUUCCGUCUGGAGGCAACGCGAACGUUCCACUACAUCGACGUGUACAACCAGAUUUUGGAGUAUGAAUUACCGGCCCUGGCGGCCCACUUUCAUGAGAUUGGUAUUGACGCACAGAUGUAUGCCGUAGACUGGGCUCUAACUCUAUUUACUCGGAGCUUGCCACUGGAUCUCGCGUUGCGCAUCUGGGAUGUCUACGUUCUACUGGGCACGCCCUUCUUCUUCCAGGCCAGCAUGGGUCUUUUGUCUCUUUUCCAGGACUCACUACUGGCAAUGGAAGCGGAAAAUAUCAUGCGAUUGUUGCACAACUUCCCGAAGAACACAUCGUCACGGCAGCUCUUUAAAGCCAUCUCGUCCGUUAGUCUCUCCUGUGAGGAAGUCACUGAGCUAUUGGCCGGAGGAAAGCUUUGGUCGCCUGACGAGGUGCGCGAGGUGCCUGUCAAGUAUCCCGACACCUACGAGUGA